UCCCUUGUAGUCGUCGCUGGUUCUCUCUCUCCAUCGAAAGCGCGCAUCUUGCUGCUCCACACUCUCACCGCGAUGAUCCACUGCUGCACCCUCUCAGACAACCUUCACUUCACUUCUACCCUCAUCGAACCCUUAAGUCGACCGCCGCGCCGUUCCCAUGCUCCGCACUCAUCCUGAGAUGCGACACCCCUGCUCGAUAUCCCGGAGAAUAGCCACAUCUCGCGUCGCCCCUCGCGGGUAGAGAGCAUGCCCGACGCGGGGACGCCUGGCUCAACCGCCGCCGCCGCUGCCGGUAGUGGUGGUGGUGGUGCGGCCGGCGACGGAGCUGAGAAUGGCCGCCACCGACAUCGAACCCAGCAGGGAGAUGCGGAGAGGCCGGAGUCGUCCGCUUUCCCACCGCAAAGCGCAUCCGGUGUGCUGGAUAAGUUGUUUGGAAAGAGGCUGCUGCAGGCUGGCAGACACGUCAUGUCACAUAAGUCUUGGAUGAAAACGGUGCCCACGGAGAACUGUGAUGUCCUCAUGACAUUUGCAGAUACUACAGAUGACCACACGUUGCUAUGGCUACUCAACCACAUCCGGCUGGGAAUUCCAGAGCUCAUCAUUCAAAUUCGUCAUCAUAAGCACACGCAUGUCUACGCAUUCUUCGUCACCGCCACCUAUGAGAACUUGUUACGAGGUGCUGAAGAAAUGGGCCUUAUGAAGGCGUUGAAACCUGAGUUCGGAGGAGGAACCCGGAGCUUCUCCUGCGAGGAAGACUACAUCUACGAGAAUAUCGAGAGCGAGCUAUGCUUCUUCACGUCGCAGGAGCGGCAGAGCAUCAUUAAAUACUGGCUGGAUAAUCUACGAGCCAAACAUGGGGAGGUGCUUCAUAAUAUCAACUUCUUGGAAGGUCAACCAAUCAUUCCGGAGCUGAGUGCACGAGGUGUGAUUCAGCAGGUGUUUCCCCUCCAUGAGCAGCGAGUCCUGAGUCAGCUGAUGAAGUCUUGGGUCCAAGCAGUUUGUGAAAAACAGCCCUUAGAUGAUAUCUGUGACUAUUUUGGGGUAAAGAUAGCCAUGUAUUUUGCCUGGCUGGGGUUUUACACCACCUCCAUGUUGUAUCCUGCUGUGAUCGGCUUCGUGCUGUGGAUGCUCACUGAGGCGGAUCAGACCAGCCGUGACAUCUGCUGCGUGGUCUUUGCGCUCUUCAACGUGGUGUGGGCCACUUUGUUUCUUGAACGGUGGAAGAGAAGGGGGGCGGAGCUGGCUUACAAAUGGGGAACCCUGGACCCGCCUGCCGAAUCCCUGGAGGAACCACGUCCUCAGUUCCGGGGGGUCAAGCGCUGUAGUCCCGUCACCGGAUGUGAGGAGUUCUACUAUCCACCGUGGCGGAGACGCGUGUUCAGGUGGCUGGUCAGCUUGCCCAUCUGUCUUCUCUGUCUCUGUUUUGUCUUCCUGGUCAUGCUCAUCUGCUUUGAGCUGCAGGAGUUUGUAAUGGGGAUCAAGGAAAUGCCUCGACUGGCUCGCUUCAUCCCUAAAAUUAUGCUUGCUAUCACUGUGACUGCAUGCGAUGAGGUGUACAGGAAAAUUGCCUGCUGGCUCAAUGACAUGGAAAACUAUCGACUCCAGAGUGCCUAUGAGAAAAAUCUCAUUAUCAAAAUGGUUCUUUUUCAGUUUGUGAAUUCAUAUCUCAGCCUUUUUUACAUUGGAUUCUACCUCAAAGACAUGGAGCGUCUUAAAGAGAUGCUGGCCACUCUACUCAUCAUUCGUCAGUUCCUUCAAAAUGUGAAGGAGGUGCUGCAGCCUUACGUGUAUGAGCGCCACAAGCUGGGCGAGCUCACUUUGCGAGCUAUGUGGGACCUGCUGCUCUCAGUGCUGCUAAAGUACGCCCGACUGGCAGCUGGAAAAGUCCUGACCUCUCCCACUGACCCGGGUAUGCCGGGUCCUGGUCUGAGGGGCACCAGGCCCGGAUUGUGGCAGUCAGACAAGAGGGAAAGGAAGUGUCUGAAUGGAGGAUGUGGGGUCCUUGAUGAAGAAGAGUGUGGCGAGAGGGACGAGGCUGACAGUGGGAGGUUCAGUGAAGGAGAGACAGAGGAGGAAGGGCUGAUCGACUGCGGUUUGAAACUGAGGAAAGUCAGCUUUAUAGAGAAGAUGGACAGAAGGCCAGCAUGCAGGGGCCAUCCCAUGAACAACAGUUACACAGAAGAGGGCAGUCCGACCAUGGUGGAAAAUAGACUGGACCCCACCUCUGUGUUUGAAAUAUGUGACGACGACACAGAUAACGGCAUCCAUGAUGUGAAGGAGGCAGGUGGGGGAGCUGCAUGUGCGGCCGAAGGGAUCGGUUACACCGUCGGUGCUGCUCCACCUGCAUCGGGGAGCGAGGUCAGCGGGUCGUUGCGACACCGCAGACGAGGAAGGGGCGCCGAGCGGGCCGAACCCAGAGCCAAGAGAGAAUCGUGGAUCGACCCUCCGGCGGUGAAGGAGCGCGCCGCGCUGGCUCAGGCGGAGAUGGAAAGCUGCAUGCAGACCUAUGAGGGAACCUUCCAGGACUACCAGGAGAUGUUUGUCCAGUUUGGCUACGUGGUGCUUUUCUCCUCGGCCUUUCCUCUGGCUGCCAUGUGCGCACUCAUCAACAACAUCAUCGAGAUACGCAGCGACGCCUUCAAGCUCUGCACGGGUCUGCAGAGGCCCUUCGGUCUCAGAGUGGAGAGUAUUGGCCAGUGGCAGACUGCCAUGGAAGCCAUGGGUCUGAUUGCCAUCAUUGUGAACUGUUACCUGAUUGGCCAGUGCGGUCAGCUCCAACGCCUCUUCCCCUGGCUAAGCCCUGAGAUGGCCAUCAUCUCCAUUGUGAUCCUUGAGCACUUUGCCGUCCUCUUGAAGUACGUCAUCCACGUGGCCAUUCCCGACAUACCCACGUGGGUCAGAGAGGAGAUGGCCAAACUGGACUAUCAGCGCAGGGAAGCCUUUAAGAAGCACGAGCGGCAGGCCCAGCAGCACUACCAGCAGCUGCAGAGGAAGAAGAGGGAGGAGGAGGAGCGGCAGAGGCAAGCGGAGCAUAUGGCCCGCAGGGAGAGGGACAGGGAUGACGGUAAGGGCGACUCCUCCGGGGAUCACCAUCACGACAAAAAUCACGGCAGCAAAUCGCGUCCUGCCGGCGCAGGCGGCUCGGACAAGCCUAAGAGGCCCAGCUCUCUGUUAGCCACCAACAACGUGAUGAAGCUGAAGCAGAUCAUACCGCUGCAGAGCAAGUUCUCAUCAGGUGGCGGCGCCCGCUCCCCUCAGUCCCCAACUGGCGGCGAAGCGAAGCUGCCCGGCUUCCUCAGCUUUAAAUUCCUCAAAUCACCUGACAAUAAGAAGGAGUGCGCGGCGGCCAUCACCGCCAACAAUGCUGCGACGACGGCAUCAUCUUCAUCAUCAGGUAGCAGCUCCCAGGAGCGUUCUCAGUCACCCAGCAAGGCCUUCAACCCCGGCAAACUCUUUAAUUUUGGCAAAAGUGAAGCGGGGACGCCGCCGCCCAGAUGCGGGGAGGCACCAUCUUCACAGACCUCAGCUUCCAGGUCGGACUUGAACGGCGUUCCCGACGAGAUCCCCUCGCCUGGAGGGGAGGGCUCCGAGAGUGGACACGCCACCGAAUUGGACCCGAAAGUUUAGUAGCUUAGAAGACCGAGAAAGAAAAUAGGCUUUACAAGAACAACACAAUCAUGUCUGCAAUACACAAAGAAAUGCAUGAGCUGCGUUUCCAAUAUUUUCAAGCCUUCAAAGCAAAAAGCUGUGAUUUUUUUUUCUUUUUCUUUUUUCAUUUCUUCUACUACGGGCAAAUUGAGAAGAUCAGAAGUGGCUCCCAAAAGUCUGAUGAAAAAUGUGAUUGUAAAAAAAAAAAAAAAGGACCACUAAGAGUGUUUGAAUCAUCCCAAGUCAAUAUUAGAAGUGUCUUGUUUUUAACUGUGACAUAUAGGGCCCCUCUUUCGAUAGCAAUAUUAAUAAGUCCUUUCCUCUCCUUGAAGAAUUGCUAGCUUUAUUUUCAAAGCAAAGGCGACAUCAAACCUUUCUUUCCACCUGUGGCAUUAUGAGAUUGAUCUGAAAAGAAUGUUCUAGAUUAGAAAAUCCUGCUGUCACAUGGUAACAAAAACAAGAAGAACAAGACUGCAUGCUCAAUGCAGCCCCCCUCCAGGAUGUUUCCACGUCAACCCAUGCAGAUUAUCAAUCAGUCAAUCAAUGUUUAUUUAUGUAGCCCUAAAUCACUAGUGUCUCAAAGGGCUGCACAAACCACAACGACAUCCUUGGUAGAGCCCACAUAAGGGCAAGGAAAACUCACCCCAGUGCGACGUCGGUGACAGUGACUAUGACGACUAUUAGAAACCUUGGAGAGGACCACAUAUGUGGGCAACCCCCCCAUAGGGGACCAAAAGCAAUGGAUGUCAAGCGGAUCUAACAUGAUAUUAUAUUAUUGUCCUAUUCAUUUUUGGGCUGCGCUCAAACACACACGUCAACGGUCUAAUCCAAGGGUGUCCAAAGUGAAGUGAAUUUUAUUUAUAUAGCGCUUUUUCUCUAGUGACUCAAAGCGCUUUUACAUAGUGAAACCCGAUAUAUCUAAGUUACAUUUAAACCAGUGUGGGUGGCACUGGGAGCAGGUGGGUAAAGUGUCUUGGCCAAAGACACAACGGCAGUGACUAGGAUGGAACCUGGAACCCUCAAGUUGCCGGCACAGGCCACUCCACCAACCGAGCUAUACCGCCUUCAAAGCACGGCAAGGGGGCCAUUUGCGGCCCGCAGCUGUAGCUUUGUUGGCACGCAACAUACCAUACCAACUUUAUUUUUAAAGCCCUUUAAAAACAACCACAGUUGACGAUCAAAGGGCUGUACACCACAAAGAAAUAAAGCCAAAGGACAGACUAAAACAAAUAACACUUAAAACAGAAGUAAAAAAACACAUUGAAAUAGCAAAUACAAAUUACCCUAAGAACAAUUUGUUAGAUAAUAAAUCAAUCAAUCAAUCAAUGUUUACUUAUAUAGCCCUAAAUCACUAGCGUCUCAAAGGGCUGCACAAACCACGACAUCCUCGGUGGCCAACAUAAGGGCAAGGAAAACUCACACCCAGUGGGACGUCGGUGACAAUGAUGACUAUGAGAACCUUGGAGAGAACCACAUAUGUGGGCAACCCCCCCUCCUCUAGGGCAGUGGUCCGCAACUACCGGGCCGCAGAAGAAUUUUUUUAAUAAAUUUUUAUUUAAAAAAAAAAAAAUAUUAUUAUUUUUUAAAAAUGUAUUAAAUCAACAUAAAAAACACAAUAUACACUUACAAUUAGUGCACCAAGCAAAAAACCCUCCCUUUUUCAUGACAAAAACGUCCCUUUUUCAUGACAAAGAAAAAAAUAAAAUAAAAUUUAAAAAAAAGGACAUCCCCCCACCCCCCACCCGGGCCGCGGGACAAAUUAUUAAGCGUUGACCGGUCCGCGGAUACAAAGAGGUUGGGGACCACUGCUCUAGGGGACCGAAAGCAAUGUAUGUCGAGCGGGUCUGACAUGAUACUGUGAAAGUUCAAUCCAUAGUGGAUCCAGCACAGCCGCGAGAGUCCAGUCCACAGCGGAGCCAGCAGGAAACCAUCCCAAGCGGAUAAAAAACAGUUAAAAAUUUAAAAACAGUUAAAAAAGUUAAAAACAGUUUAAAGUCUCAUGUUGAGUUAAAAACCAGUGAAUAAAACUGGGUUUUAAGAAGGGUCUUAAAAAUAGCCAAAGAAGGGGCCUGUCUCACAUGGAGAGGGAGAUCGUUCCAGAGUUUGGGACCCGCAACAGAGAAAGCUCUGUCCCCUCUGAGCUUGCGCUUUGAUUUGGGAACCUCCAGGAUCAGCUGACCUGAGGGACCGGGUGGGGGCAUAGAGGUGGAGCAGCUCAGAGAGGUAAGGUAGGGCAAGACCAUGUAAGGAUUUAAAAAUGAGUAAGUGGAGGGAGACUAAAACAGGAGUAAUGUGCUCUCUUUUUCUUGUGUUGGUUAAAAGUCGGGAAGCUGCAAUUUGGGCCACCUGUAGACGUGAUUAAGAGGAUUGAUUAAUACCAAAAUACAAAGAGUUACAGUAAUCCAGCCAAAAUGUAAUAAAGGCAUGGAUUACUGUCUCAAACUGUUGCCUAGAAAGAAGAUUUUUAUCCUUGGCCAGCUGACGUAAAUAAAAAAAAGCUGGCUUUCACCACUGUGCCAAUCUGACGGUCCAAUUUAAAAUCACUGUCAAUACGAAAGUCCAGGUUGGUGACGAUGGACUUAUUGUGCAAAGUCAAGGGCCCAAAUUCAACAAAGGGAGCUCACAGGUACCACUAGAUCCAAAUACUAUCACUUCUGUCUUCUUUUCAUUGAAAUUUAAGAAGUUUAGAGCCAUCCAGGCCUUGAUAUAUUCCUGUCAAAAAAACAACAACAAUAAAAAUCUAUUAAAAAAAAAGAGCGAAAAGAUGUAAUGCAAUGAGAAAAAAGCUGAGAAGUUGACAGAAAAUUUUAAAAGUGCUGCUCAAACUGGCCUAGUGGUUAGAAUGUCCGCUCUAAGAUUGGUAGGUCGUGAGUUCAAACCCCGGCCGAGUCAUACCCAAGACUAUAAAAAUGGGAGCCAUUACCCCCUUGCUUGGCACUCAGCAUCAAGAGUUGGAAUUGGGGAUUAAAUCACCAAAAAUGAUUCCCAGGCGUGGCCACCGCUGCUGCUCACUGCUCCCCUCACCUCCCAGGGGCUGAACAAGGGGAUGGGUCAAAUGCAGAGGACAAAUUUCACCACACCUAGUGUGUGUGUGUGAUUAUCACUGGUACUUUUACUUUUACUUUAAUUAAUUAUAUAUUUUUUCUUUUGUAAAAAAAAAAACAUGCUCCCACCCGGAAUGAUAGCACAACUUAGUGUCAGCUUUGUGUUAUAAGUGAAAAGAUGUGUUAAUAAUAAUAUUGGUAUCAACAUUUCAGCGUUUUGUCAUAUUUUUACAUCUUUUUUCUUACAUAUUUAAUGUUUUCCCUGACAGGCCAACAAAACUUGAGCUGCGGUCUGCAAAUGGCCCCCAAACCACUCUUUGGGCAUCCCUUUAAUAAAUAAUGACAGUACACUUUGUCACCUAUACCACAAAGAUGACACUAAGUUUGGUCUGUGAAUAUAUUUAGGACAGGUAGGAGGUCACGGGGAAGACCCAGGACACGUUGGGAAGACUAUGUCUCCCGGCUGGCCUGGGAACGCCUUGGGAUCCCCCGGGAAGAGCUAGACGAAGUGGCUGGGGAGAGGAAAGUCUUGGCUUCCCUGCUUAGGCUGCUACCCCCGGGACCCGACCUCGGAUAAGCGGAAAAAGAUGGAUGGAUGGAUGGAUAUAUUUAGAGUCUGUUUUUAGUAGUUUUUUUUAAACAACUUUUUUUUACUAAAUAAAAGACAUCAAAAUGGCUCUCGCAUACUUUGACUUUUCAGUAUGCGGGCCUUGGUCUAAAAAGUUUGGACACCCCUGGUCCGGUCAAAACCCAGGUUUGUUUCUUGUGUAGACCAGCAGUUCUCAAACUCCCAAGUACCACCAAAACGACCAAUAUUAAUAUACAGUAGCGUAGUAGGACUAAGUAUUCAUUAAAAACAAGGCAGAGGUUUUAUUUAAGAAGUAUAUUUUGUUUGGCCGCUGGAACUUUACGCACAGUUUGAACAGUAACACUGUGUUUGAAUAUUCAAUCAAGUGAUUAUUUAGUGCGCCACUAGUGGUACAAGUACCACAGUUUGAGAAUCACUGGCAAAGACAUAGCAGGGACAACAACAAGUAACAAUUUAUCAACUAUUUAUUGCUCAAACGCCACAAUUGUGGUCUUACCGCAGCACCUGUGUACAGCGCUAAGCCUUCUGGGUAAUUUAGUAUAGCAACAUUUAGUAACUAAAAAAAAUAACAUUUAAAACAGGAGUAAAAAAACACGUUGAAAUAGCAAAUACAAAUUACCCUAAGAACAAUUUGUUAGAUAAAAAGUUAAAAACAGUUAAACGUUAAAAACAGUUUAAAGUCUCAUGCUGGGUUAAAAGCCAGUGAAUAAAAAUGGGUUUUAAGAAGGGUCUUAAAAAUAGCCAAAGAAGGGGCCUGUCUCACAUGAAGAGGGAGAUCUAUCCAGAGUAGAGCGAUUAAGAACAGAUUUUCAGUUGCAAUGCAGACCUAGUGUGUGAUAAUAAUCUCUCACUACCCAACAAAAAAAAAUAGCACUAUAGAUCCCUCAACAGUUUACAAAUACUUUUAAAGUGAAUAUGUUGGAACAUAAAUGUUUCAGAUGAAGACUUUACAAGUGUAAAAUAAACAUGGAGAAUGUCUAACAUGUGGACACCACCUAGGGAGGUUUUCAAUGAUGUUUAUAUAUGUAAUUUUAAAUUAAUAAUCACUAUUAUUAGUUCUAAUUGAAACAACAAUUUUUACUGCCAUCUGCUGUCUGCUUUUCGGUCUGCAGUAUAAAAUGAGUAAACAUCAAUGCAGCAUUUGUUUUCCAAAAUUUUUUUUGCAGGCCCUUUUGAGGUGAAAGUAAAUCACCACUUAAAGCAGUGGUUCUUAACCUUGUUGGAAGUACUGAACCCCACCAGUCUCAUAUCGGCAUUCACCGAACCCUCCUUUUUUUUUUUAAACAAAGUCAAAACAAAGUUAUUAUAUGUUUCUGAUAAUAUUUUAGGAUGGGGUGUAACAAAAUAACAUAGUAACAAAGACUUAAUUUAGAGUUUUUUGGACACUAGGGAAACAUAUUCUAAGUAAAAAAGACUUCAUUUAGAGUUAUUUGGUUAGGUUUGGGUUAGGGUAUGGUUUAGAGCAGUGGUCCCCAACCACCGGGCCGUGGCCCGAUUGGUACCGGGCCGCAGAAGAAUUUUUUAUUUAAAAAAAAAAAAAAAAAAAAUUUUUUUUUUUUAUUAAAUCAACAUAAAAAACACAAUAUACACUUACAAUUAGUGCACCAACCACAAACACCUCCCUAUUUCAUGACAAAAACGUCCCUUUUUCAUGACAAAGAAGAAAAAGAAAAAAAAAAAUUAUUAAGCGUUGACCGUUCCGCGGAUACAAAAAGGUUGGGGACCACUGGUUUAGAGGGUCAGGGUUAUACUAAGGCCAUGCCGAAUAAGGCAUUGAUAAGUACUUAAUAACGACUAGUUAAGAGCCAAUAUGUUACUAAUUUGGAUGUUAUUAAGCAACUAAUUAAUGGUGAAUAUGUUCCAAAUACUAAAGUGUUACCAUGUUUUUUUUACUGGUGCACAAAAAGAACCGUGCAUGAACAUCACCUUGUUCAGACAACACAACCAACACAGUGCAUAAACUCACAACAAAUUACACACCUGCAAAUCAGUCUGACUUCUGUUGUUGCCAUAUCCUUAAUACGCCGAUAGGGAGAAGUUUUUAUUUACACGAUAAGUCGGGUAUGUUUUGACAUCCCCCGAACCCCUGAGCCCGACUCACCGAACCCCUAGGGUUCGAUCGAACCCAGGUUAAGAACCACUGACUUAAAGCAUUGAUAACACAUCCAGAAAAUCCAAAGUUGAAUAAAUGUUAUUAAAGAAAACAAACAUCCAUCCAUCCAUUUUCUAUCGCUUGUCCCUUUUGGGGUUGUGGGGGGUCGCUGGUGCCUAUCUCAGCUGCGUUCGGGCGGAAGGCGGGGUACACCCUGGACAAGUCGCCACCUCAUCCCAGGGCCAACACAGAUAGACAGACAACAUUCACACACUAGGCUAGGGCCAAUUUAGUGUUGCCAAUCAACCUAUACCCAGGUGCAUCCUUCUAAAAAAAAUAAAAAAAUUAAAAUUCUGAAAUUUUAGGCCGCAACAAUCGCACACAAAAAAAAAAACGCGCGAAAUCCUGGAGGGACUGCUGUUAUUGUCUGUAGUUUGAUUUAUUUUGCACUGAACGUGCCGCAUCUCUCUGCCUCAUCAGUCAUUAUGCAAACACACGACUGUAUUGAUUUCACACACAAAUAGCUGAAAUAUUUUUUUUUUUUUACAGGUUGCUCCAUAAGAGAAUUUCUUUUUUUUAGUUUUUGCAAACCAAAGUAGUAAUUUUCCCAUGAUACUGUUGGUAAUCAACUUGAGCGUUCUGCACAUUUGCCAGGAGAGGGCGCCAGAGUUGCUCUGCAGUACAAAUAAUGUAUUUUGUUGGGGACAACUGUGCUUAGAUGGACAAAAACAAAAAAAAGGUUAGGGAUAUUCAUCUUUUGGGGAAAAUUCCAGAAUGGUUUGGGACCCAAACUCCUAGUAUUGGUGGGUGAAGUGUGACUUUUGACAGGAAAAGCAUCCAUCAUCAAGUAGUAUGAGAGACAUGACCUAUGCAUCCCUCCAGCACUGUCUCGGCAAUAACAGAGAACACAGUGCAGUGUGUCGCCCUCCAUUGUCCACACCUGUAUUCUUUGUCCACCUCAUCAACAAUCCCCCCCCUAUACAUAUCAACCUCAUACGCUCCAUUUUCCCCUCUCUGCUGAGCCCAUGUGGUGAUAUCCUUUACAUGUGUUGACAUGGACUGUUUGUGUUUUAGCGACACAAUUGGUCCAGCCUUUUUUUUUUUUUCUAAAGCCCAUGCCAGGGCGUCAACACUGGGGUUGUUUAGGGCCGCAAAGACAAUAACAAACGUAUAAAAUAAACGCCUAUUCAAAUUGAAGACCGAGACUUGGCUACAAAAAAAAAAAAAACGUCUCCCAUGAGGUACAUGCAAUAAGGGAAUGGAUGUUCAUUUAUGUGCUCAUAUUUGUUUGUGAAAUAUGAUGUGACCGGUGGGAGAUAAUCAAGUUUGUUUACUUUGUCCUUUCAUUGUUGGGGGUAAUUGGGAAAUCAGGAUAGUGACUUGUAGCCGAGCUUUGGCUCUUCAUCUAUCGAUCUAUAGUCAUGUACAGUUACUGAUGUCAGUUAUGCUUUUAUUCAGGGAAACCACAAGUUCAUAGAUUUUGAUGGCGCUAAACCCUUGUGCAACCCUAGGGCCCAAAGCGGGCGUUACAUGUUACUUUUGUGAUAUGAUCGUUCAGUUUGAAGAUCAACGGUCGGAAAUUUCACCAGUUUUAUUUUAUUUACAAAAUUGCAUUGUAAGAUUGCCACAUUAUUAGAAUAGAAUAUAAGGCUUAUGCACUUUCUCUAAAAGAACUCUUUCCCAUUAUAGCGGCUGUUUUUCCACAGUAAUCCUAGUAUAUUACUAUGCUUUUAAGACCAAAUCCAUCUCAUCCUUGCUGAUUGAAAGAGAUAUUGUUUUGAUGUAAUUACGCCCCUUAAUCACCAGAUAGCCCCCGAAAACCAUGAGCAUAAUUCUCACAGCUUUGAUGGAAUUAAAAAUAUAUAUAUAUACACACACACAUAUAUAUAUACAUACAUAUAUACACACACACAUAUAUACAUAAAUAUAUGUACACUUACAUACAUAUAUAUAUAUAUAUAUAUAUAUAUACACACACACGUAUAUACAUACAUACACCGUAUAUAUAUACAUAUAUACACACACAUACACCAUGUAUAUAUAUAUAUAUAUAUAUAUACACACACAUAUUUAUAUACACACACACACACAUAUAUAUAUAUAUAUAUAUAUAUAUAUAUAUAUAUAUAAAUCAUGGUAGAUGCAUAAAAGAUUUGUGUGAACUCAAACUCAAUCUCACGCUGGCUCUGUAGGCAAUAUAAAAAUGACCUUUGUUUUUUUUUUAAUCUACUGUAUCAAAAUCAAUGUGAACUAUUAAUGUAUUCUAGGCUGUAAUUAUCCAACCUCAAAUACUCCACUCUGUAACUGUUUUUUUUUUUUUUUUAGAAAUUAAGGAAAACUUAAUUUUUUGACAGAAAGGCCAUUAAAAACUUUUAACUUCAAAUCCGUAUAUUGACAAAGAUUUCAAGCUUUGAAAGUAAUGAUUUAUUGCAUACAUAUGACACUCUAUUAGAGUAAGUGUGUAUAGUCACUAUUAGGUUUGCACAAGGGUUAAUUUAGUCAUCAGUCCUUUUCUGGGGCAACGUCUCAACAUUAUACAACAUAUAAUGGGGGUCUAGUUUGUAGACUAAAUACUGGAGAGUCGGAGAGGUCAACAAUUGCAAAGGUGAUGUGUUACAUUGAUGUUUUAGGAUAGCAACAGUUAACAAAAUGAAGUUUUUAUUCAUAUUAUUUGGGAGCAUCAUGUGGCAUCACAAGACGUGUAAUUGUAGGAUGUAAACCUGUUUUUCAUUCAAGCCUCGCUUACUGAUCAUGAAGCUCUUCCAAUGUUCCAUUGUAUAUAUAUAAAAACAAACUUUUCAAGAAAAUACCUGGGACUAUUUAUUUGUUUUGAUUUAUUUUCUCAUAUUUUUGUAAGAUCUGAAAAAUAAAAAAAUAGUUCAAACUAUUUCAAAUGUUUGUUGCAAGAAAAACUACUUUUUUUUUUUUUUACUUUCACAAAGCACCACAUGACAAAAAGUGUCUGUCCAGUUUUAUUUCAUCGAAGCUAGGCAAAAAAAAAAAAAAAAAAAAAGAAAGAAAAAAAAAAGAGGACUGAUCUCACAGAAAGGAGAUGAGGGCGGGGGCAGCGUAGAAUAGUUUUAGUAGAAACAUAACAUGAUCCUUUGGCUGAAACGGACAGGAUUAUUUACAGUUUUUUAAAGAAAAUAAACAAUACGGGCUGCACUUGGCUGCAUGCUAAACCCAUGAUCCCCCUUUUUAACCUGCAUGAUACGACUCAGGUCACCAGAAUGUGAUGGCAACAACAGACCACGAGGACCGGUCCUAAGGCCUCUAACAAAAGAAAGAAUAAAGCCACUAAUCUAAACCUCUUACAGUAGGGAAGAGAUUCAUAUGGCCCCAUUCCUGGGAGGAUCUCGUGUGAGAGGAAGGCGGGGUGUUAAUCAUUUGAAAUUCAGUCUGCUGAAAAUGAUGGAAAGCGCCACUCCACACAGCAACUGAUGCUGUGGUCAAAGUUAGAAUCGCCACAAAACACAUCUAAAGAUAUUCAACACUUAAGUGGAUUGUGCACAUCCCCAAUUUGGUGCACUGGAACGAAUCGGGCCACAUGAAUCCUAUUCCCGUUGAAUGUUAUCAAGGUUGGUGGGGGAACGCCUUAAAAACAUCAAUGGGCGAGGUCGAGAUCAUGCGUGCUUCUGCACCAUCUCUCAACAUUCCUACCUUGUCCCCAAACAAUUACUGAACAAGGUGCAGAGUUAAAUAAAUUAUGUCACUGACAUGUAUGUACACACCUUAGGGACGUUCUCCUUUCGUUCUUAGUUUUAUAAUGCUGCAUGGAGGAAAUCAACCAUUAGGGGUGGCUUAACUCUGUGGUAGUUGCAAGGUGUGCAAACGCAGAUAUGUACAGCCAAAGAUGAGGUUGCUAUUAUGGCGCAGGAGAAUGGUGCUUCCACUGUGUGCUGGUCUUCACAGUGCAUUCUUGGUUCCGUGUGUGGGGAAACGUGGCCAUCGUUACAAAGCGGGCAGUGGAACUGAGAGGGGCGGGCACUUGGGCAGGCAGGAAGCGCGUUGCCUUACAGAUAAACCUCAAUAAUAAACAUGAUAAAAUGCCAGAAGUGAAACUUAACGACUUGAUUUGUAAGUCAAAUACGGCAAAUUUAAAUCCUAACCAAUCAUUGAACUGGCAUACACGAUACAAUUCUCACACACAGCGCAUGCACACACAACACAGUCUAACAACAAACAACACACACAUGCCCACCGCUCCAUGAGGGCUUGUUUCAGUUCUCAAA